GUGUACACACGGAGAGUUAAUGUUGUGCUCAGUCUGACUCCGGCCACGUCCGCGAACGGCCGCACGAUGUAUCGAAUUGUGACGUUUCUACUUUUCGCUUCGACGUGUUAUUGUAAGACGGAGUUUAGUGGACGUGCAAGGAACUUUAGCAUCGAAUUGCUGCAUUAUACAGCACAGGAGACAGGCGGUCAUGUCGUCAUAUCUCCCUUCGGUGUAUGGACCCUGAUGACGGGCGUCGCACUUGGCGCGACGGGCCAAAGCUAUGAGCAACUUACAAAUGUUUGCAGAUUCGAGGAUGAUACUUACAAACGCAAUAUCGUUUAAAGGACUAUGGGCGUUACCGUUUAAUACAUCCGAAACGACUGAGGAAGCGUUCUACGAUGAGAAUCGUAAACAAAUAGGUAAAGUGAACAUGAUGUACCAAAACGCACCGGUCGCGUUCUCUAACAUGGUUGCGAUGAACGCCCUAGCAUUGGAACUGGCUUACGGUGAUGACGGAAAGUACUCUAUGCUCUUACUCCUACCGUAUCCCAAAGUGAAAGUCAUGGAUGUGUACAAGAAGUUCGAAAGUGUUGGUAUCACUGAUAUUUACAAACAGUUACAGAGAGAUAUCGAUGAGUUCGGCUUGGAGGAGAUCGAUAUAAAGAUACCUCGGUUCCGUAUCAGUACAAAUGUUGUUUUAAACAAGCCGCUAGGAUAUAUGGGUGUUAAGGAUAUAUUCCAGCCUCAUUUGGCUAACUUUGGUCGUGUCACUAAAGAGGAGAUCUUUGUGUCAGCGAUUGUACACAAAGCUGAUAUCGAAGUGACGGAAUCUGGUACAGUCGCGUCAGCAGCGACAUCUGCAUACAUCGCGGACAGGAUUGCAGCACCUAAAUUCGAAGCGAAUCGACCGUUUAUAUAUUUCGUCAUGGAAAAAUCCACUGCAACUGUGAUAUUUGGUGGCAUUUAUUCUAAACCUACUAUAUUUUAGUUUUUAAGUGAUCAUUAUUUUAAAUUAAUUGUAUUGCAUUGUAAGGUUGUGAUUGUGUUCUUGUAAUGUCAAACUGAGACAAUUUAAUUUUUGUCUAAAAAUUAUCUUCAUUUGCAUUCUUUAAACUGUUUAGCAUAUAAUUGCUGUGUGUGUGUAAAGUGUAAUAACAUGAACAUGCAAUUAUAUUAAAAGUAAUAAUUUAUAA